AUGACUUCCUCAAACAAAGCUCUUGUCUACGAUGCUCUUAAAACCUUAAAUACUCCUACUCAAGAUUCAAAAACCGAUUUUGUCAAUAAUAAUGAGGAACUUUACAUUCCAGAUUUCGCUGCCUACUUUGGUGAAGGAUUUCAUGAUGUUAUUGACCAAUUUAAAGAAGACCAUCAGAAGGAAUCUGAAAUGAAAUUGAAAGUUGAACAGAACGAAAAUUCUUCAGACGAAGAAAAUGGUG